UUUUGGUAUAAAAAUACUUAACACAAAUUCUAAAAAAAAAAUAUUUUUCGGUUUAAAUCAGCAAAAUCAUAUUAAAUGUAACAGGAAGUUCUUGUGAUGAUUAUUUUAUUCUGUUUUUUGAUUUUGAAGAUUUUUUACAGUGAUUAUGAGUGAAACUGAUGACACAGAUGAUUUAUUAUUGAUUCCACCUGAUUUAUUUUUAGUGCAAUCUGAACCUGAGCCACCUUAUUACAGAAUUGUUGAUAGCCUUAUUACACAGGUUUCCAACCUUCAAGAACGAAUUGAGGGCAUAGAAUCUAUGUCUGAUGUCAGCUUAGUAGGUAGUUACAUAGACCUUCCAUUUGUAGAGACUGAAAACAAUUUAAGAAUGCUUAGAUCAAAAAAUAGCACUCCUAGGAGGUAUUACAGCCAAGAUGACCUUUACCAACCAAGCAGCACUCAAAGUACUCCACAGAAGAUGCAAGAAAGAAUCCAGAUUAAUUCAUUACCAAAUACUCCAAGCAUCAAUAGAUAUAGUCCAAAGAAAAGUAAUAUUAAAUUCAGUUCUCCUCAACAAAAUUGUCAGUUAUCUAAAAAACAAAGUGAAGAAGUUGAAGUUCUUCAUGAAAUAGAUACUUUUAUAUCAAAUGUUAAAACAAUCCAGAGAAAUGCGGUGAGAAACUUACAAAAAGACUUUGGCAAUAUAGGAUCUAGAAAAGACCCAACUGUUAGUGAUAGAACCACUUCACAAUCUUGUGACAAAGAUGUGAGGGAGACAUUGGCACAACUUGAUAGACAAUCAGAACGAUUAGUUGAAAAUGGGGAACCAUUUCGGAAUGAACUUGUUGAAGAUAGAAUUGAAAAAGUAGCUGCUUGGCAAUGUGGGAAUAAUGUUAAUAGUGUACCUGAUUAUGGAGCAGGUGUAAGAGAUCUUCUAUAUAAAACUGAUCAGCCCAAAAAUUUGCCAAUCAAGCCAAGUUAUAAACAAAGCCAUCAACCAUCAAGUUCAGUUAGCACUGACUUAAACACUCUCACUAAUACUACAUUGGAUAAAUCUACUGAUAGUAGUUCAGAGUCUACACAACUUACGGCCUACAAUAAAUUUAAAAGGCAAGAAGAAGAGUUUAAUAAUAAAAUAAACAAGUUGAGAAACACACACAUUGAUACAAAACUUCAAGAUCAUUAUGACAAUGCACUUAGGCAAAACUGUCCGGAAUCUGGCGAUAAACCUGAUAAACAAAGUAAUGCGAUCAGUAUAUUAAAUAUGCAUAAAAAACUUACAGAAAAUGAUGCUUUAAAACCUGCCAUACCAAAAAAGAGAGGGAAAAAUACUUUAAAUGAUAAUUUAAAUUUAGGGUUAUUAAAUUUGGCUGAUAUUUGGGGAACGCACAUUGUCGAAAGUCCUGGAAAGGUCUCCCAGAAAUUACAAGAAGAAAGGAUGAGAAGACAGCACUGUGAGCAAUUGAUUCAAGAACUUCAAAACAGAAACUUGGAACUGCAGCAGAAACUGGUAGUUGCUGUAAAAGUGGAUGAAACGAAAAACGACACCAUUAGACAAUUUAAGGAGACUUUGGAUAACAUUUCUGAUAAAUUCGAAAAACUAAAUGAAGAAAAAGCCUCUUGGGAUAGAGAAGUUGCUCGAUUAAAAAGCCAAUUUUCUGUUGAGCUUGAAUCGGCAAACCAGAAAGCUACUUAUUACGAAAAAGAGGCAUCUAAAUCAUUGAAUAUUGCUCAUGCCAACCAAGAUAAAAUAGCCUCACUGGAAAAAAGAUGUUCUGAAUUGCAACAGGAAUUAACCAAAAUUGAACAAAAAUUUGGAGACGUUCAGGACAGUUAUAAUAAGGAGUUUGAGAGGAAUAAGCAGUUAGCGGAUAUUAUUAGUCAGAAGGAGUUGGAAUUAAGAGAGAGCAAAACUAUAUUAAACAAUGCUAAAGAAGAAGUGACUCAAAGCAGAAAAGCUGUAGAAUUAUGCCAAAUCGAGUUUACUUCAGUAAAAAAAGAGUGUGCCAACUUGGAGGCUGAUCUUCGCGAGAGUACAAAUACUAUUAUUAACCUAACAGAGCAGAAGAAAAAACUUGGAGCAGAAAUACAAAUGUACAAAGUCAACGAGAAAAAGUUAACAGAGGACUUGGAGCAAGCUAGGCAAAAAGUCGAAAAUACCAAACUAGAGUUGCGAAACUUCUACCAAGGACAAUUAGAACUUAUUGUGGAAAAUAAAAGAAAGGAGAUGCAAAGUCAGUUGGAUAAAGAAAGACAAAACUGUUUGGAGGAGAUUAAGAAAAAGGAACUGUCAAUGGCGAAAACGGCGGCCAAUCAUAUUAAAGAAAUAUCUGACAAGUGUGGAUUAGAGAUCAAACUAUUAGAACAAAAGCAUCAAGAAGAAAUCAGGCUCUAUCAAAUGCAGCUCUCUCAUGCCAACAAAGAAUUGGAAACUCUUCAAAACAAAUUGGCACAUUUACCCGAAAAGCGGGCAGAAAUUGCCAAACAAUUACAGAAAGUAAUGGAAUCUCAGUGGAACGAGGCUCUAAAAAUGAUCAGUAGUAGUCCCUCUCCACUUAGCAAUGACAAUGGCGCACUUUCAAAUAUGUUUUCGAGUAAAGCUUACUCGAAUAAACCUCACAAAGUUUUAAGAAAGGAAUUGGACCAUGACUUUGACGUCAUGUCUGACUACGAUGAAACUCCUGUGUCAAGCCGAGGGCCGAAACAGACUGAGAGUGAUAUACAAAAAUAUAUUAACAUGCUACUUGAUAAACCUCCCGGACAGCCUCUGGCUGGCUCUGAAAACCCUGGAGUUGCACAAAACCAGGAAAGAGCCAGCUGGCAUCCUGGCGUAAGACCUCGAAAGAACAAAUAAAUACGAAUCAUCUACUACUCUUAAGGCAGGAACAAGGGACCCGAAAUUUGACAAACCUCCUUGGAAGUGAUUAAUGCCAAAUAGUUAUUUGUAAGAAUCAAUAUUUUUAUUUAUAUUUUUACAUUUUUAAAGCAAUAAAAGUUUUUUUUAGUU